AUCAGCUUUCUUCUUGCCUUUACCAUUUAUUUAAAAAAAAUAAAUAUUAUUAAACGAGUUUUAAAAUAUAAUAUUAUGUCGGAAGUAAGAAAUAUCUUAUUAAUCGGCCGCACUGGCAAUGGCAAGUCUGCUCUUGCUAAUGUAAUUAGUGGAACAAACAAAUUUAGGGAAAUUGAAGAUAGUGUUAGCGAAACAAAAGAAUUAGAAUUAGAAAUGUUUGGGUAUCAAGGAAUCAAAUACCGAGUAAUUGAUACAGUAGGAAUUGGGGAUACCAAACUAAAAUCAAAAGAUGUCUUAAACAAAGUAGCCAAAGCCUGCUACGAAGUAAGAGAAGGAUUAAAUCAAAUUUUUUUAGUAAUUGGAGGAAGAAUUACCGAGGAAGAAAUAGAAACUUACAAUCUAUUAAAGCAGGUUAUUUUUAACGAAGAUAUUUAUAAUUAUACCACUAUUGUAAGAACACGCUUUACUGAUUUUGAGGAUGAAAGAAGGUGUGAAGAGGAUAAAGAAAAAAUUAGUCAAGAAAAUGAGAAAUUAACCGAAUUAAUUAGAGAAUGUAAUAAGUUAAUUCAUGUUGAUAAUCCACCAGUAAAAGGUCGUUCAGCCACCACUAAUAAGGAAAUUCGGGAAGUUUCUAGAGAAAGACUAUUGAAACAUUUAAUCUAUGAUUGUGGCAAUUAUCAUCCAAUUAGUUUAGAUAGAUUAAAUGAAAGAAUUAGUAGUUAUUUAACGGAAAAAGUACAAAUAAAAAAAGAAUUAGAGGAUUUAAAAAAAUUCCAAGUAGAGGAACAAAUAAAAAUGGAGGCGGAAAGGAAAAGAUCCAAAUUCAAUUCAAUCCUAUUUGCACCAGCAAAUAUAUUUCAAUAA